CCUCGUGCUGUGAUAAACAGUCCGGCUUCGACGCGCGAACACACAAACCCCACUUCAGCUGUGCACUCAUUCACCCGCGAUAACGCAGUGUUUUCGGUGCCCUUCAGCCGUACCAUUUUUGGGACUCUUCAUCUUCCAGGUCUUGUGCAACAUUUCUUUCCUCAAGUCAGUUCCGCCGUAAACCUUCAACGCCGUCAGCGCUGCGCGGCUUCGCGGAAAUCUGCCCAAAACCACAAUGUCCCGUCAAUAGUCUAUGUGCACUGCCAACUCAACGAGCUCGAAACCUGCGCAUCACGUCCAAUCGCUUAGAGGACCCCCAGGGGCGCUCUAAGACAUGAAAACUUCAGGCCUUUUCAAGCUGCCCGGCUCAGUGCUUCUGCUGUCCAUUCGCGCCGCCUUUGCACAGCAGUUACCCUACAAUCCCACUCAUAUCUUUCUGUCGCCGCAGAACGAAUUGCUCGCUUAUGUUCUCCAGCCGGCAGAUCCAGCUGGCUCGCAGUUUACUCUAUCCUCGCUGGAUCUGACGAGCGGCAUAGACGCAUCGAAUCUCCCGCUGCAAACUAUAUCGUCGUCCUUGCCAUUUCUCGACAAUGGUACAAAUAUACCCUUCAAUGCCAUCAUCGAUUCCAAUGGCAAUAUAACCAUUUAUACGGGCGCAUGUGGAGGCGACGCACAGAUAUGGAAACUCAACACGCAAGGAAGAGAAUUGGGAUUGCCGGACUGGAGACAAGUGAUGCAGUCAGAAGGUAGCGCAGUGAACACUGGGCCACAAUAUCUGUCAUCCGCGAUCGCAUUCGCGAGUAACGUGACAGCGACGGCAACAGGCGUUACCUAUUAUUUCUUCGGGGGUAUGUGCCCAACUUCACAGGCCACCACCUCUAGCUGGCAGUCGUCCGCCAACUACUCAAACAGUAUGAUUUCGCUCAUGCCGUCGUUGGUGAAUGGCCACAUAGCAUAUGAAAGUGACCUUGCCACAACCAGAAAUCUGCCAAUUGCACAGGCAGGCCAAAGUCUCACCGCGCUGCCUGCGACAUACUCGAAUCAUUCGGAUGGAUCCCAAACGCAGCAGCAAGACUUCGUUCUGCUCGGAGGCCACACACAAAACGCAUUCAUCAAUAUGUCGCAAGUUGCCCUGUGGUCACUUCCGCAGGCGGCUUGGACGUACUUUCCUGUGGCUCAAGGAGAUGCUGGAACACGCACAGAUUUAACCGUCCGCGACACAGAUGUACAGAUUGAGCCACGUUCGGGGCACACUGCGGUGCUCUCAUCAGACGGCACCAAGAUCAUCGUCUUCGGAGGCUGGGUUGGCGACGUCAAUACCCCAGCUCAGCCGCAACUGGCGAUUUUGAAUGUUGCAGACGAAUACGGUGGCUCUGGUGACUGGAGCUGGACUGUUCCAGAUGUCACCGCUGAGAAUGGACCUGGAGCGGACGCUGGAAUUUACGGCCAUGGAGCGGUCAUGCUCCAAGGUGAUGUCAUGCUGGUCACGGGUGGAUAUUCGAUCAGUUCUCAAGGCUCAAAAUUUCGUAGAGCGGAUCAGAAGUUUAGCUCAAGAUCCUAUUUAUUCAAUGUGUCCUCGAGCUCGUGGAUCGCGUCAUACGCGGCUCCAAGCGCAAGCUCGUCAACAUCGGGACUGCUUUCGAAAACUUCUCAGAAAGCAGGUCUAGGCAUAGGUGUUGGAUUCGGUGCUGUUGCGAUCGCAGCAUUGUUGUGUGUUUAUUUCUGGAGAAUUAGACCGAGGAAACAACGGGACGAUCGGGAGAAGGAAGGAAAUGACUUUACCUCUGAUGUUGAUCGAUACAGCACGGAUGAAUGGGGUAUGCCGCAGGCGGAUGGUUACCAAAGCAAGUCAGCUGGAAUGUCUCCUACUGGAAACCGAAACAACGCCGCUGAACAAGUCUACAGAAAUUGGCGAAGUUCUGCCAAUUUAGCCGAACGCACAGGGUUGCUGGUUGAGGUGCCGAGUCCAACCAGGGGCUUGCGUAGACAUGUAUCAGGCGGCAGAGCUGCCUAUGCCUAUGAAAAGAGACGGAAUCAAAACAUGGAAGUUAUCGAAGAGAUUCAGGAUCAGGAAAGCCUGAGGUCAAGCCAUGAACAAGAGCGAUCAGCGCUUCAGCAACGCACAGCUACUCUUUUGAGGCCAACAACAGCGUCUGACCCGUUCACGGACAGCGGGAGUCCGCUUAGAAGUCACCCAGUUGAAGGUGAUUGCGAUGUAGAAUUUGGCAGAACGGCGAGCGAGCGGGAACAUGAAGUACAAGGUUGGGUUCACAAUUGGGAAAAAGCUGCCGAGGCUUUGAUCAAUGCUCCUGGCUUUCCACCAGCGCAGGCUCCAGCGUCGGAGGGCCGAAGCUCUCCUUCGAAGUCGGACCGAACCACUACAAUGCUGUCUGAGAGUUCAGGUCAUUCAUCGUGGUCGAGCCGCUCAAGUGAUGCUGGACCAUCCGGAAUAGUCCGAACGCUUUCGACAAGAUCAGCCGCACUGUUAAACAGUUUUACCACUACACUCGUGGGUACAGGUUCAACAUCGCCCACCGCUGCGGACGCCAGGACGACGUUGCCCUCCCAGCAGCGGCGUCAUCGAAGGAACUCCUCCGUGAACUCGGGCGCAGCUCCUUCACCAACCCGAUCCUUGGCCCAGAAUGACAGUGACACAUUCAGCACAGCCCAGACGUCCUUUUCGCAGCUGCAAGCUGAAGGCGAGGCUCUGCUCGGAGGCCAUCGCUCAAGAGGCAAGAGCGAGCCGUCAAGUCCAGUAAAGGACAAGCGAGAAGUGGGUUGGUUUGGAAGUGUCAAACGAGCGAUAUCCGGAGCCAGGCCGGCCACUACGGUAUCCGCUGGCACAAACAGCGAAGAGGGUUCGCGUUCGUCAUCACCGCAGAAGCCUAGAUCGAGGGACGGAGAUCAACCGGUACAGAGGCGGUCCCAAAGUGAUGCGUCGUUCCUGCGAUCGAGAAGGGGUGCACAGGAUUGGUAUGUAGAUGAUGAGGAGGACGACACCGAAAUUCAAAGGCCCAGUGCGCCAGAUGGAGAACUGGAGGGAGACUGGGACGUGGAACGAGCUGCUGAGAGAAGGGUGGUGCAGUUGAUGUUCACCGUGCCGCGACAAAGGCUACGAGUUGUCAAUGCUGAUGAAGCAGACGCACAAAGCGAGCGCAGCCAGAACGAGUGCUCAUUGUAAAGCUUCUCUUGCGUCAGAUAGAUUUUUUGCGUAUCUGGUUGGGACUAGAUUGCUGUCUCUCGCUGUAUGAAUGAUGUAUUACGAUCAUGGUGGUUUACGGUCCGGGAUUAUGGCUUUGGAAUUCAGGAUAGCCAGGCGCUCAGGUUUUGUAAAGGACAAAAGAUGUGCAGAAUGUAUACG